CCGGCGGGGGUCGGGCCGUUGGUCAGUGCCUUCAUGUUCUCCGCGGGGCUCCUGGGCAACCUGCUGGCCCUGGGGCUGCUGCUGCGCUGCCGUCGGGGGCCCCGCGCUCGGCCCCCUUCCCUUUUCCACGUCCUGGUGCUGGCCCUGGUGCUCACCGACCUGCUGGGCACCUGCUCCGUCAGCCCUUUCGUCUUGGCUUCCUACCACCGCAACCUCACCUUGAGCGCCCUGACCCCCGGAGGACACAUCUGCCUCUACUUCGGCUUCUCCAUGAGCUUCUUCGGCCUGGCCACCAUGCUCAUCCUCUUCGCCAUGGCCCUGGAGCGCUGCCUGGCCCUGGGCUGGCCUUACUUCUACGAGCGCUUCCUCAGCCCUCGCACGGGUCUGGUGGCCCUUCCCACCAUCUACACCUUCUCCGCAGCCUUCUGCUCCUUGCCCCUGCUGGGCUUCGGGCAGUACGUCCAGUAUUGCCCCGGCACCUGGUGCUUCAUCCGGAUGCGCCUGGACCGCCCGCCCCAGGGCUACGCGGAGGCGUCCGGGCCUCACGUCGCCUUCUCGCUGCUCUACGCCACCCUGCUCCUCUUCCUCAUCCUCUCCGUGCUGCUCUGCAACCUCAGCGUCAUCUCCAACCUGGCCCGCAUGCACCGGCGCGGGCCCGGCCCGCCCGCGCUGGAGCAGCCCGGGGCAGGCGGCGGCUGCAGCCGCCUCAUGUUCUCCAUGGCCGAGGAGAUCGACCAUCUCCUCCUCCUCUCCAUCAUGACCAUCACCUUCGUCAUCUGCUCCCUGCCGUUCACGAUCCGUGCUUACGUGAACAAGUUCAGCAAGGAAGAGGACAACCACGAGUGGGACCUCCUAGCCAUGAGGUUUCUCUCCAUUAAUUCCAUCGUUGACCCGUGGGUCUUUGCCAUCCUGAGGCCCCCGGUGCUGCGGUUCAUGCGCUCGGUUCUGUGCUGCCGGGUGACCCUCACCAGCCAGGACAGACAGACACCAUUCCCUGCCAAGACAAAACUGGCAGCACGGCUGGACCCCUGUGGGCAGUAG